UGUCAUCACACACCCCAUCCCCUCAGCUCCUUCCCUGUCCUCCUGCACACCUGAGAAUAAAGCAUGGUGCCUCGGGGACUCGUGUCUGCCUCUGCAUGCCCCGGGAUCUCACCUCGCCUCCUGGGAGGGUGGGCAGGGCUGUGGGGUGGCGGCCAUCUUGUGCGGUGGCCAUCUUGUGCAGCCGCCAUCUUGUGUGGUGGCCAUCUUGUGCAGCGGCCAUGAAGGGGAGCAGCCAUUUUGGAAGAGGGCUUUGAAGCUGUGAGGAAGCGUGGGGAGAACAGAGGGUCUUCCUCCCCAAUCCGUGGGACUUCCGCAGCUCCUUAUGCAACAUGAGGGGCCAGAUUUCCUCUGUUGUUAAAGCUUUAAUCAUGACUUUUGCAGAAACUUCAAUGCUGUGAAUUUCACUAACCCUGCUGAAGAACAAGGAGAAGGAAACAAGGCUGCUUCUCUUGCUAGCUGUGCUUUGUGGUGGAGUAAACAGCAGCGUUGUGCUGCAGAAAAUGUAUGGGAGGAUCACAUCUCCUAACUUCCCCAAUACCUACCCAAAUCACAAGGAGAGAACAUGGAAUGUUACUGUCCCCAAAGGAUAUGCUGUCCGCAUCUACUUCACCCACUUCAACCUGGAGCUGUCCUACCAGUGUGAAUACGAUUAUGUGAAGCUAAGCUCCAGUGGGAAGACCUUGGCUACUCUGUGCGGGCGGGAUAGUACUGACACUGAGGAGGCUCCAGGCAACAAAACAUACAUCUCUAUUGACAACAACCUCAUGGUUGUAUUUCGAUCUGACUACUCCAAUGAGAAGCCGUUCACGGGCUUUGAGGCCUUCUAUGCUGCUGAAGAUAUCGAUGAGUGCAAACAACUGUUUGAUGGUGAGCCCCUCUGCAAUCAUUACUGUCACAACUAUGUGGGGGGCUACUAUUGCAGCUGUCGGAUUGGCUAUAUACUGCAUGAAAACAAGAGGACGUGCACAGCCCAGUGUCAGAAUCAAGUUUUUACUCAAAGAACUGGAGAAAUUGCCAGCCCUGACUAUCCAGCACCUUAUCCCCCACUCAGCACCUGCAGCUACAGUAUCCAGGUAGAAGAUGGCUUUCUGAUCACACUGGAAUUCGUGGAGACCUUUAAUGUGGAGACGCACCCUGAGGUGCUGUGCCCCUAUGAUGUACUCAAGAUUGAAACACACAAAAAGCAGUUUGGCCCAUUCUGUGGGAAGACUUUGCCUGCGAAAAUUGAGACACAGACUAAUGUUGUAACUAUUACUUUCAUAACUGACAUGUCAGGAGCACACACUGGAUGGAAGGUGAAAUACACAGCAGCAGGUUUGCCGUGCCCCAGUCCUGAAGCACCACCCUAUGGCCGCAUCGCACCAGUGCAAGCACAGUACACCGCGGGUGACCACUAUGCGCUCUCUUGUGACGUUGGAUACGUGCUACUUGAAAAUGAGAAUGUUGUGAUGUCUUUUGUAGCAGAAUGUCAAAAGAAUGCUUCUUGGAACAAACCCAUGGCGAAGUGCAUCAUUGUUGACUGCGGCCAGCCUGAGGACAUAGACAGCGGUGCCAUUAUGUACCUCACAGGGCCUGAGAAGACAACCUACAGUGCUGCCAUUCAGUACCAGUGUGCAGCCCCCUUCUACACCAUGAGAGCUAACAGCAGUGGUAAAUAUAUAGGCAGUGAUGAUGGAUUUUGGAAGAACACCAAGGGAGAAAUAACACUGCCUGUCUGUGAACCAGUUUGUGGGAUGCAAAGAACUGGGGCUGUAGAACGUAUUUAUGGAGGAAGGAGAGCCAACCCUGGACAAUUUCCAUGCUUUGUGGAUUCUUGUAGGACUGCAGCAUUACCAGCUAGUGCCUGAAUGAACACGUCCAGAGAAAGCAGGCAGAGCAGCAUCAAGGUUCCUACCAGCAGAGGAAAUAAUCUUCCAGCAGUUCGCACUGAAAGAUCCUGCUCUUUGUUAAGAAGCUGCCUUUUAUUUGGCCCUCUGCACUUGCAGUAAAUCCAUUUUUUUCAGGUAAGACUUCUGUCAAACUUAUGUACAUUUACUAAUGCUUUAUUUAGCUAGAAAGUCUUUUCUGUGACUAAUUUUGAGUUUAUAGUCAUCUUCUGAGCUAGAAGUGUCACAGAGUCCUACUUCCCACUGGUGGACUGCUCUAAAAAUACAUCCCCACAGGAGGUACUGUGGAUGUCAGUACAUCUGACAGUGUUUGUUUCCUCUCCACCACACUUCUGAUAAGAGCCCCUACUCCUAAAAAUAGAAGUAACUUUCCUUGGUACAGAUGCAAAGUGGAGGGAACAGCUUACCAUUCUAGGUGCGGAUACCCAAACUUGUGGGAACUGGAUUUUAAAUAUCUACGUAUCACUGAACAAUGCAAAAAUGCAGUGGGUUAAGUUGGGUGUCAGGUAGCGAUACGUGGUGGCUCCAUUUGACUUGCCAACUUUUAGAGCAUGCUUAUCUGAAACAAACUGAAUUGCUGCAAACAAAACUUUACAGAAGUUCAUCUCAAAAGGGUAAAAUUAAUUAACUGCUAUGAAUUCUUUGCAUUCAGGGCUGUAAAACAAAGACACAUAUUACUUAAAUCAGUUUUAUUUAAGAAUUUCCUACAGUGACAAAUCUUAUAAAAAGCAUCCAAACACGGAACUGCAGCAAACAGCAUUCUUAAGGUAUCUUACACAGCAGAGCUUCCACCCUCAGGAGGCACACUGAGCUCACCAGUGAUGUGCUGCAAGAGCUACUGCCAAGCGCAUCACAAGCUCAAUGUUCUCAUCGCAAACCCCACCAUCUUCAAU